AUGGAAGGCGGAGUUUUUGACGGCGCCGUUCCUACCCCUCCCCCCCGUGCCCUGGCUGGCGGCGCCGUGACUGCACGCUGCGACAGAGUGUACUACCACACUGCACGUCGAAGCAGGGCAGCUGAAGGCGUUGAGGCGGGCCGGGCAGAGCGUGUGUCGCACCAGACAAGUGACAGGUGGCGUUGUGGUGCGCCCGGGGGAUCAGCAGCCUCAGAGGCAGCCUCACUUCGGAGCGCACACGGGUCCGGCGCGUGGUUCUGCGCGAAGGCGGCAAGCGGCGCCCCUGCCACUCCUAUCCGCGCUGCCCAGUCGAAGCCCGCGAGCCGCGCGCCCGCGGCCAGGGCGCCGCUGCGCGCGCCGCCGCUCCACGGGCACGCCGCCCAGGGCGCCCAGCUGAGCUCGGGCGCCGGAGCCCGCCGCUCCGCCACGCAGCCAACGCCAGCGGCGCGCCUCCAUCACGGGGCAAGAGAACACGUUGCCGGGUCGGCGCCCGUCCACCGGCAGGUACGGGGAGUGGGCGGGGCCGCCGCUGCCGCCGUCGCGCAGAACCACGCGCGGGUGCGCUCCGAAGUGAGGCUGCCUCGGGUGCUGAGGGCGCACCACAACGCCACCGUCACUUGUCUGGUGCGACACAGCGCUCUGCCCCGCCCGCUCAACGCCUCGCUGCUGCUCGACGUGCAGUAUACGCCGUCGUUCGCCAUCAGCCGCGAGCCCGGCUUCGGCUUCCCGCUGGUGGAGGGCAUCCCCGUCUCCCUCAAGUGUGAGACGAGGAGAGCCCCGAAGUGACGAUGGACCCGGGCCCCGGCGAGGCGAGCAGCACG